AUUGAAAUGACUAUUAGUAAUGUUCCACCUGGUGUCUAUGAUAUAAUAUGGCGAAUGAGGAUUGACAGGUUCCUUUGUAGACCAAUAUUGACUUUUGCUACAGAUAUUUGGUUGCGUCAUGAUAUAUAUCUAAAUUCUUAUGAAAGGGAAUCAAAGUUCAAAUUUUCACCUGACCCAGAUAAGCUCCAGGAAGUAUUUGACAAAGGAUGGUUUCAUAUUCGAUUACCUUACAAGAUUAUAAUUGCUAAGAAAGAUCAAUUCGAUGACAGAAGAUAUCAAGUACAUACCGGUAUUUCUUGUUACGCUGAAGAUUUACCAAAAUCUAAAUCUUCCAAAGGUCCUUUUUCAGUGGAUUAUGUAUGUUUACGUCCCCACAUUCCAUAUGACCAUGUAGAAAAUCCACCAAUUAUUGAACAUUUAGAAAAUGACUAUGAAAGUCUAUAUAGCGAUAACGAAUAUUAUGAUUAUGAUGCACGAAAUAAUAAUGAUGAAAAUUUUAUCAUUUCUUCAAAGAGGAGAAAAAAAUUGAUCAAAUUUUUAUCUUGCAGUGUUGGUAAUAUGAAUUCCAAUAAGGACAGUCGUCUUUAUGGAAGUGUUAAUGCAUACACCACCAUAGAGAGUGAAAAUCGCCAUC